UUCUCGCGUCGUGGACAGACAUUGCAAUUUGCAACUGCAACAAUGGAGGAGAAGAGCGACGUGGAUCCUCCUCCUUCUUCUUCCUUCAAGCUUCUGGCGUCGUUUCCUUCUGGUCUCUCUCCCUCACAGGUUUCUGUGAAUCUCACCGACGCUUACGAUCGAAUCCCCCACCCUGAUCUCACCUUGGAAAAUUCCAUCUCUGAGAUAUGGGUGCAGAGGAGUCUCAAAAAUCAAUCGCUCUUCAAUGGGAAGAAGUUCAGGUAUGGAGGGUGUUCUUUGCUCACUGGAGGUGCAUCUGACCAUGCACCACAUCUUUGCCUCCACCUUGGUUUGACAGAUUAUAGGACUUUUGUGGGGACAAAUUUAAGUCCUUUGUGGGAAAGAUUCCUGAUUCCAUCAGAAGAUGAUUCCGUUAUUUGUCAGCAUACCUCCAGUCCACUAGGAAAUGGUGCAGUGGUGGAGACAAUUGACAAGAAGAUACUAGUAUUACAACGAAGUAAUAAUGUUGGUGAAUUUCCUGGAUAUUUUGUUUUCCCAGGAGGCCAUCCUGAGCCUCAAGAAGUUGGUAUAGCAUCCCAUCAACAUGUCAAGGAGUUAAUGGAGUCUAUUAACAUUAAGGUUUCACAGGAGAUGUUUGACAGCAUAGUUCGUGAAGUAGUUGAAGAAAUUGGAGUUCCAGCUUCCUCCCUUAGCAACCCUGUUUUCAUUGGUAUAUCUCGCAGGGAUUUGAAUGUGAGGCCAGCUUCAUUUUUCUUUAUCAAAUGCAGUCUUGAUUCAAAUGAAGUUCAGCAGUUUUAUUCUAGUGCACAAGAUGGCUAUGAAUCUACUCAACUAUAUGCUGUUCCAAUGGUUGAAUUAGAAAAAAUGGCUUCUAGGAUGCCUGGAUGUCAUCGAGGUGGAUUUGCUCUUUAUAAAUUGAUGGUUGACACCAUGAAGAUCACUUGAUGGAAGUUUGUAGCACUAACAGUUGUUAAGCAUGGUAUUGUACUAAAAUAGAUUAUACUAAUGUUUGUGUUCAAUUCAUGCCCAGAUAAAAUAAACAAGCCAAUAUAGUGGUGUAUUUAUGUUAUGUCGAAAAUAUUGAACACCUCCCUUCAUUUCUCAUUAAUUUUCGAGACAUUUAUGCGAUACUUGAUUUAUUGUA